UGCCUUCUUUUCAUUUGCUUUCUUCUCAAUUGUUUUAUUUGCGAAGAAUUGAUAUCGCAGCAGCAGCUUAGGAUUAGUAUUCUUGGGAUCGCAUUUCUAUAACUAAAUCAAAGGAUCAUUGAUCUGUUUCUUGUCUUAAAGCUACACUAAGCAAAAUCCGAGAGAAUAAUUGCGAAGCUGCCAUCUUUCUUUGGUUUAGGAAUCUGAUCCAAGUAUUUAACAUUCACGGGAGAGCAAAAUCAGAAACAUGGAAAGAGGUAAUAGAAGGAGGAGAACGAGGAGUAGUGGAUCUGCUGUGGACCAGACUAACGGAGGAGGAGAGGUUACUCCAAAGGCAGAGAGUUUGCCUCACAUGAAUGAUCUAAAGGAGUCCACUAAUGAAGAGAAACAACCAACAACAGCCCCUGUAACCGUAAAGAAGAGUUCUGGUACAAAAUUCUCAGGUUCCCAUCGUGAACUUGUCCUUGGUCUUCCUUGCCGUGGACAAUUCGAGAUCAAACGUAGUUCCAAGAAGCUAGGAGGUAACGGUGGUAAAAAGAAUGUUGUGAUGGUUUCAAGUCACAAGAGAGCUCAGAGAUCUAAAGAAGCGGCUACUGCCGUAUCAUCUGUAAAUGGAUCAAAGAAAAGGAAGGAGUAUAUUAACAAAGUAGAAGUUAGAGAAGAGGAUGAGUACACAAGAAUCAAGAAGAAACUUCGGUACUUCCUUAACCGGAUUAGCUACGAGCAAAGCCUCAUUGACGCUUAUUCUUUAGAAGGUUGGAAAGGUUCAAGCGCGGAAAAGCUAAGGCCAGAGAAAGAGCUUGAACGAGCCAAGAAGGAGAUUCUACGACGCAAGGUUAAGAUCAGAGAGCUUACUCAGCAUCUGGACACACUCUGCGCCCAAGGAAACAUUCCAGAGUCUUUAUUUAACUCUGACGGAGAGAUUUCUUAUGAGGAUAUAUUCUGUUCAAAAUGUGGUUCAAAAGAGUUGCAUGUUGAUAAUGAUAUCAUACUAUGCGAUGGGUUUUGUGACCGAGGCUUUCACCAGUACUGUGUUGAACCACCUUUGCGGAAAGAAGACAUUCCUCCGGAUGAUGAGAGUUGGUUAUGCCCCGGAUGUGCUUGCAAAGAUUACAGCUUCGACUUGCUUAAUGAUUCUUUAGGGACAAAGCUUUCGGUUAGCGACAGUUGGGAGAAAGUAUUUCCUGAGGCAGCAGCAGCAAUGGCUGGUGGUGGAAGUCAAAACCUGGAUUGUGAUCUUCCUUCAGAUGAUUCCGAGGAUGAAGAGUAUGAUCCUGAUGGUUUGAAUGAUAACGAAGGUGAUGGAGAUGGCAGUGAUGAUGACAGUGAUGAUGAUGAGUCUGAAAACGAAGACGGAAGUUCAGAUGAAUCUGCAUCUGACGUAAUGAUUGGAUCAUUUAAAGAUGCAAAAGAUAUAAUGAACCUUCCUUCUGAUGAUUCUGAGGAUGAUGACUAUGAUCCUGAUGCCCCUACUCUUGAUGAAGAAGAUAAAAUGCAAGAAAGUUCAAAUUCAGACGAUUCAGACUCCGAGGAUGUGGAGACUUCCUCCAAAGGCGAUGAGUCUGAUCAUCAAGACAAAGUUACCCCACGUGGGAAGCUAGGGAGAAAGAAAGCACAGCUCUCAGAUGUUUCCAUCUCAGAGACAGAUGCUGGGAUUGGUGAUGAUGUUCCGGGGAGGAGGAAGGUUGAAAGGCUGGACUACAAAAAGCUCUAUGACGAGGAAUAUGAGAACGUUCCGACUUCAUCAAGUGAUGAUGAGGAUUGGGAUAAAAUUGCUGGAAAAGAAGAUUUCGAGUCAGCAGAUGAAGGAGACACUGUGCCUCUGGAACAGCCUUCCAAAGCAGAAGAUCAUACUCCUGCUCAAAAACCUACACAGAAAACGAAAAGAGAAUAUAAAAAGGCUACUUUGACAGCGCCACAAGAAACACCACCCAGAGAAAAUGGUUGCUGCUCUGUUGUAAAAAACAGCUCUGCAUCAUCUAAACAGACAAAUCCCAAAACUCAGAGAUUAUUCGAAUCUUUUCAUGAGAAUAGAUAUCCAGACGUUACCACAAGGGAGAACUUAGCCAAAGAGCUACAGAUGACAGUUAAACAAGUUGAUAACUGGUUUAGGAAUACACGUUUUUCAACAAGCAAAACAAUGUCUUCUAAGGAAGAUGUUGCUGGAAGUAGCAAACAAGCCAUGGAAACCGAACCAAUCGCAGAGAAUAAGAAUGGAGCAUCGGAGUCGACUAGUACUGGAUCAAGAAAAAGAAGGAGAAGGUAGAUUUGGAUUUUAGUUAACUUGUGUGGAUCUGAAGACCUCAAAGUUGUUAACAUUUGAAGAAUCAGUGAUGCUAAAGUGAAUAGUUGAGACAAAAUUGGAUAGGGUUCAUUUGAAUUUGUAUGUUAUGAAUUUAUAUUAUAUGAUUAUGAAAGUUUUUUGUUUAGAUU